AUGGCCAAGAUUCAAAGUUUUGUUUGUGAUGAAUUAGUUAAGUUGGAAACCAAAAUUCUUAACCGGGGAAGCAAUGAAGAAGUCAAUGAUAAACAGCAGGAUGAAAGUGACAAAGAUGAGCAUAAAGAAGAAGAAAAAGAACACUAUAGUGAUGAGGAUGAAGAUGAGCAGCCACAAGAUGAUGAAGUUAUGACUGCAAAGAUAGGAGAACAACAUCAAAAUGGUCAGAAAUGGCAUGAUGAUGAACAACAAGAAGAAGAAGAUGAAGAUGAAGACAAAGAUGAAAAUAUUAGAGAAAAUGAAGCUGUAGAAAAGGAGGCAAAAACUGAAGAAGGGAACAAAGAUGGGAAAAUGGUGACAAAAGUGGUGGAACUACUGAUAAGUAGGUCAAAUAGACAUAAAGUCCUAGUAGUGAAAUCUCCAUGCAUGUUUACUUAUGCUAGAAAGGUGAAAAUGAGUGACAAGGAUACAUUUUAUACAGCGUGUACUGAGUGGUGUCAACUAGAUGAGGCUAAAGAGUAA